CGUUCUAUUCUCCCUCUCUUUUUUGCCUUCGUAUUUUUUCUCCUCUCCCAUCCCGUCUUCUGGUUUUCGAUUUUUUGCUUAAAUCUUCUUCCAUUUUCAAUCUCCUCAAUUAGUCCCCAGAUUCCCUCUCUUUUUAUUUAUUUAUUUAUUCGCGGCUCAAUCUUCGUUUCUCUUGCCUUUCACUAUACUUACCUUGUUUUCUAAGCCUCAAGCUUUGGGCUCUGUUUAUUUCGGCCGCUCUCUUCGAAACCCUAACCCUAGUUUUCGCGUCUUUCAACUUACUCUGAGGCCGCCGCGGGGGCAAAGAAAGCCUAGUUGCCUUCAGAGCUUUGGGAUUUCUUCGUCUCCAGAUUGAAGCUUAGUGCUAGCGGAGCUGGAACUCAUAGCUUCUCAAUGACUGAUCAUAGGAGUACAAAUGGCCAGCCUCCAAAUGGGACAGCUCCUGGGUCAGGAAGUAUUUACUCUAUUAAUCUGGAAAACUUCAGCAAACGUUUGAAGGCUUUGUAUUCACACUGGAAUGAGCACAAAGCUGAGCUUUGGAGUUCUUCUGAUGUCCUUGCAGUAGCGACGCCACCACCUUCUGAAGAUUUGCGUUACCUGAAAUCUUCAGCUCUAAACAUUUGGUUACUAGGUUACGAGUUUCCAGAGACAAUAAUGGUUUUCACAAAGAAGCAGAUACAUUUUUUGUGCAGCCAGAAGAAGGCUUCUCUACUUGAAGUUGUAAAGAAAUCUGCCAAGGAGGCUGUGGGGGUUGAUGUUGUAAUGCAUGUGAAAGCAAAGACUGAUGAUGGAACCGCAUUGAUGGAUGCUAUAUUUCGGUCCAUCAGAGCACAAUACAAGGGUUCUGAAGAUGCUCCUCUUUUUGGUUACAUAGCUCGAGAGGCUCCUGAAGGAAAGCUUUUAGAAACAUGGGCUGAAAAACUAAAAAGUGCUAGCUUUCAGCUUGUUGAUGCAACAAAUGGGUUGUCUGAUCUUUUUGCUUUUAAGGACAAAGAAGAGCAUAUGAAUGUGAAGAAAGCUGCUUAUUUAAGUUACAAUGUGAUGAACAAUGUUGUGGUUCCAAGGCUUGAGACUGUAAUCGAUGAGGAAAAAAAAAUCACUCAUGCUACCUUGAUGGAUGAAACAGAGAAAGCCAUAGGCAAUCCUCAGCUAGCUAAAGUGAAGCUCAAGCCAGAGAAUGUUGAUAUUUGUUACCCUCCCAUAUUUCAAAGUGGGGGUGAGUUUGAUCUCAGACCUAGUGCUGCGAGUAAUGAAGAGAAUCUGUACUAUGAUUCUGCCAGUGUUAUCUUGUGUGCAGUUGGAGCUCGCUAUAACAGUUAUUGCUCAAAUAUUGCCAGGACAUUCUUGAUUGAUGCCACUCCAGUUCAGAGCAAGGCAUAUGAGGUUCUUCUUAAGGCCCAUGAAGCUGCAAUUGGUAUGUUGAAACCUGGGAACAGAAUCAGUGCAGCAUAUCAAGCAGCACUUUCAGUUGUUGAAAAGGAAGCUCCUGAUUUGGUUCCAAAUCUAACAAAAUCUGCUGGGACAGGAAUUGGUCUCGAGUUUCGUGAGUCGGGGCUUAAUCUCAAUAUGAAGAAUGAGCGUGUGGUGAAAGCUGGAAUGGUUUUCAAUGUGUCACUUGGUUUUCAGAAUUUGCAGUGUGCGAGUAAAAAUCCAAAGAACAAGAAUUUUUCUCUGUUACUUGCUGAUACUGUUAUUGUUGGCGAGCAAAAUACAGAAGUGGUCACUGGAAAGAGUUCCAAGGCUGUUAAGGAUGUAGCUUAUUCAUUCAAUGAGGAUGAGGAAGAAGAAGAUAAGCAUGUGAAGGUUGAAACUAAUGGUUCUGACCACUUCAUGUCUAAGACAGUGCUCAGGUCGGAUAAUCAUGAGAUCUCUAAGGAAGAGUUAAGGAGGCAGCACCAAGCCGAACUUGCUCGUCAGAAGAAUGAAGAAACAGCUAGACGGCUUGCAGGUGGACCUGAGACUGGAGACAAUAGAGCAAUUGCGAAGACAGCAGCUGAUUUGAUUGCCUAUAAGAAUGUCAAUGACCUGCCCCCUCCAAGAGAUUUUAUGAUUCAAAUUGACCAAAAGAAUGAAGCUGUGCUCUUGCCAAUAUACGGCAGUAUGGUUCCUUUCCAUGUGGCUACUAUAAGGACAGUUUCAAGCCAGCAGGAUACCAAUCGGAAUUGCUUUAUUCGGAUUAUAUUUAACGUUCCAGGGACUCCUUUUAGUUCCCAUGAUUCGAACUCGUUAAAGAAUCAAGGGGCAAUAUAUUUAAAAGAAGUCUCAUUCCGUUCCAAGGAUCCAAGGCACAUCAGUGAAGUUGUACAGCAGAUUAAAACACUUCGUCGGCAUGUUGUUGCUAGGGAAUCUGAGAAAGCUGAGAGGGCAACCUUGGUUACUCAGGAGAAACUCCAACUUGCAGGAAAUAGGUUCAAGCCUAUUAGGCUACCUGACCUUUGGAUUCGUCCUGUUUUUGGCGGUCGUGGGAGGAAGAUUCCAGGAACACUUGAAGCUCAUGUUAAUGGUUUUCGAUAUUCUACUACUAGAGCUGAUGAGCGUGUUGAUGUUAUGUAUGGGAACAUAAAGCAUGCAUUCUUCCAGCCUGCAGAGAAAGAAAUGAUCACUCUCCUUCACUUUCAUCUGCACAAUCACAUAAUGGUGGGAAACAAAAAAACUAAAGAUGUGCAAUUUUAUGUUGAAGUUAUGGAUGUAGUCCAGACAUUGGGAGGGGGAAAGAGGUCUGCUUAUGAUCCAGAUGAAAUUGAAGAAGAGCAAAGGGAGAGGGAUAGGAAGAAUAAGAUCAACAUGGAUUUCCAGAGUUUUGUGAAUCGAGUUAAUGAUCUCUGGGGGCAGCCUCAGUUUAAUGGUCUCGAUCUUGAGUUUGAUCAGCCUCUUAGAGAACUUGGCUUCCAUGGUGUACCUCACAAAGCCUCAGCUUUCAUUGUCCCGACUUCUAGCUGUCUGGUUGAGCUGGUAGAAACUCCUUUCCUUGUGGUCACCUUAAGUGAGAUCGAGAUUGUGAACUUGGAGAGAGUUGGUCUUGGGCAAAAGAAUUUUGACAUGACCAUUGUGUUUAAGGACUUCAAGAGAGAUGUGCUCAGGAUUGAUUCUAUUCCUUCAACAUCACUUGAUGGCAUCAAGGAAUGGCUUGAUACUACAGACCUCAAGUAUUAUGAGAGCAGGUUGAAUCUGAACUGGCGGCAGAUUCUGAAGACAAUUACUGAUGAUCCACAGAGCUUCAUUGAAAAUGGGGGUUGGGAAUUUUUGAACUUGGAGGCUAGUGAUUCAGAGUCUGAGGAUGAAGAGGAGUCAGAUCAGGGUUAUGAGCCAUCUGAUAUGGAGUCUGAAUCUGAGUCAGAGGAUGAUGACUCUGAUAGUGCAUCACUGGUUGAAUCUGAGGAUGAAGAGGAGGAAGAUUCUGAGGAAGACUCGGAAGAAGAAAAGGGAAAAACAUGGGAGGAGUUGGAGAGGGAAGCGAGCAAUGCAGACAGGGAGAAAGGGAAUCAAUCAGAUAGUGAGGAGGAUAGGAGGAGAAGGAAAAUGAAGGCUUUUGGGAAAUCUCGAGCGCCUCCUAGUAGUGCUAUUCCCAAACGUUCCAAGCUACGAUAGUUGUGAUAGUAUUUCUUUUAGUUACAUUGCCAGUUUUUUUUUGGUACCCCGGGGGGGGGGGGUUAAUGUUUAGACAUGAUUUAGUUAGCAGCUAGUGCUUUAGAAGAAUGUUGUUUUCUAACAUAGCUCUGAAUUCAGAAGUGUAAUCUUAUGGAUCCUGUUCCUUUGUCUUAAGCAGUUAGGCAGUAAGUUUGAUUAUCUGGAGGAUCGUUUUGUUUGUAAAUUUGUGGCAUCAGUUCAAUGGGAGUAAAAUGUUCAUUA